GAUAGGUGUUUGAUUAUACCGAGCUCCGGCGCGCUAGCUUCAAAGCCAAUCAGACUACCUCCGUUCCAACUAAUGAAAACUACUUCAGCCUCCUCCAAAAUCCCUACUUAUUGAAUCUAUUUCGAAUACCUCUCAGAAGGCAAUAUCAUGAACAGAAACUUGAACUCCGCUCGAUAGCCUCCAACAAUUCACUCAUCUCCAGUCCUCUCAGAAGACGAGAGUCAUCACAUGACCUUUUGCAAACACCAACCUCCACCUUCAUGCCUCCCGAACGCACAGCUAUGCGGCUCUUCCGAGCUGUGCAGCAAUCAUGCAACUACUCUACAAACGCUACAGCUGCACCGAACCAAUUAGUCUAUCCUGACUCACAGAGUCCAAGUCAUUAUGACCUACCAAGCUUCCUAGAGUAUGCGUCACGGAUAGAUAUGGACAUGAAAAGUACUACCUACGUGGGAACACACUAUGAGUACACCGUACAAUCUGCACUUGAACGGCUCGGAAUGUCCCUCAAACGGAUAGGUGGGAAGUCAGACUGUGGGAUUGAUGUUCUCGGUUCGUGGUCAUUACCUUCUGCACCUCAGCCUUUGAAGGUCCUGGUUCAAUGCAAGAACAUUGCUCGGAAGAUUGAUCCGUCUCAGGCAAGGGAAUUGGAAGGCGCGUUUGUAGGCGCACCUCUAGGUUGGAGGGAAUCCGGCGUGCUAGCUCUCCUUGUUUCACAGAAGUCUGCAACCAAAGGAGUGCGAGAUGCUCUUCGCCGGAGUCGUUGGCCGAUGGGAUAUGUACUCUGCACUCCUGAAGGCAAGAUUAUGCAGAUGCUCUGGAACUCUCGUGCAGAACAAGAGGGACUGGGAGGUAUAGAAGUUGGUUUGAAGUAUGCUGGCGGUGAAGCGGAAGAGAAGGAAGUGAUCUUGACCUGGAAGGGAGAGGCCAUCACGAAUUGAUCAUUCUAUUUGAUUGCACUGGAAUGCUCAACGAUCCUGCUGGCAACACCUGGACUGUUUGCUGUCACAACUCCAUAACAUCGACAAUCACGAAACUCUUUGAGGUGGCCAGGCCGGUUACCCAUACGAGAGUUUGAUGGUAUCUCAAAAGACUCUCGUCAGAUGAGGACUCUUCUUGAAGCUUGUCUCAGAGGUCCACGAAGAUAAAACUAUCUUUGCUCGCCAUUACGAGACUACACCGAGGGCG